AUGGUACAAUCUGAGCUCGGCAGCGACUCGGACUCGGGCUGGGAUACGGACGAAGAGGAAGAGUUAGGGAAGCUCGUCGGCGCAACGAGUACGCCUAGACAAGGGCUGGGUGGCGACGAAGACAAGGACAAGCUCAUUUGCGCUAUCAGCGAGAGUCGCUCGUCAGAUGUGCUAGGUCUGGCGGUUAUCAAUCUGACGGCUGGACAGGUCGACAUAGUUACGAUUCUGAACGACGACAAAUACCAGCGGCUGUUUGAGACUCUGUGGAGGAUUCAGGGUACACCCGAGGUCUUCUUGGUUUUGAAGAAUGUCGUCAGCGAGAAUAGCAAGUCCCGGCUGGCUCCGAGCCUCGAUCAUGAGUUUCCAGAUGUGCCUAUCCUUCCUCUGGUGCGAGAGAAUUGGAACAAACUCGAAGCCCAUCGGUUGAUCGAUCUGUUUUCUGUCAACAGACAGGCAAAGGCCACCGGGGACAGUCUUGGAAGCAGUUUCUACGGGUCAUGCGCGUUUGCAGCAGCUAUGACAUAUGUGCGGGAAGAAUUAAAUAUUUUCUUCUCGAAGCAAUCGCUCGUGAUUCGACACAGCCGGCCGGCUGAUGCCAUGGGCAUCGACCGGUCCACAAUCAUGAGCCUCGAGCUGUUGUACAAUAUUCGUGGGCCAAAGACCAAGUCUUCCACCCUGUUCGGGGUGUUGAAUUACACACGCACACCGCAAGGCAGGCGGCUGCUUCGUUCCACUAUGUUGCAGCCGAGUAUCAAAAAGGAGGAGAUCUUAGGCCGUUACGACGCGCUCCAAGCGCUGUGCGACGACGAGGACCUCUUCCAGGACGUGUCCAAGGGGCUCAAGGAUCUCACAGGCAUGGACGUUGAGAGGUCAAUCCCCUGGGCACACGCCCAUCCUGCUCUGGACGAGGGUGUGGCCAUGAUUCAGGGGCAUUACCAGAUCUUCCUCCCAGUCCACGCCGAGCUAUACGAGGCGGAGCGAGAGCUCAAUCACAUCCUGAUGCUCCGAAGGUAUAUUGCCGGUGUGCAGCAUCUUCACCGCACCGUCAGUUCUGCGCAUUGUGCAAGCAGCCUAGUCGACUCGAUCCUGGAAAAGUUCUCGCUCGGGACGCUUGGCCCCGUUGUCCAGGUCUUAAUUGACUCCAUUGAAGAGGAUGCAACAUACAGCAAUGCUCCGAUCGACAUCAGAAACAACAGGCUAUGGGCAGUCAAGGCCGAGCCGAACGGGAUCUUGGAGCGCGCGCGAAAGCUGUUCCGACGCCGCGUUGAUGAACUCAACGAAUAUGUCGACCGCCUCAAUGAUCACUUUACAAAACACCUGGGUAUGAUUGCCGAGUUAUGCAUGGACAACGACAAAGAUAGGCACUAUCACCUCCGCUUCCACUGGGAGGACGUGAAAUAUGACGUGUCUCGGCGUUGGCGAGAGGUUGAAACUCAAAAGGUCGGGCACGCAUAUCACUGGAAGCAGUACACGAUUGGUGGCGUGCCGAUCGUAAAUGGUGUUCGACGCAAGAAGCACUACUACUGCCAGACCAUUGAGCUGCUCGAGAGAAGCAGAGAGAUCCAACUCCAGGCGGAUAUCGUCACGACUCAAAGCGACAGACUCGUCUUGGAGCUGAAGGGCCGACUCCUACGCCACGCGCCGGCAUUGCUGGCCAUGAGCGACGCGGUAGCAAAGCUGGACAUGCUCUGCUCAUUUGCCGACCUCUCUACGUCCCAGAACUAUGUCAGGCCUGUCAUUGCCGACUCGCUCGUCCUCAAGGCCGCGCGAAACCCGAUCACAGAGAUCCGCAAGAUAAAUUUCGUCGCCAACGACGUAUUUUCAGGAAAGGAUGGUCAACGCUUUCUUGUCAUCACGGGCGGCAACAUGAGUGGCAAAAGUACGUUCAUCAGAACCAUCGCCCUGAUUCAGAUUAUGGCACAGAUGGGCUGUUUUAUACCAGCCCGGUAUGCUGGCAUUCCGAUUUGCGACAGAAUCUUCACUCGGGUGUCGACAGAGGACAGGCCCGAAGGGAAUUUGGGAACUUUGGGUGUUGAGAUGAGGGAGAUGAACGUGGUACUAAGGAAAGCGACAAAAAAUAGUCUCGUCAUCAUCGACGAGUUAGGUCGUGGGACAUCUCGUAAAGAUGGCCUGGCAAUCGCCAUUUCAAUGUCAGAGAGUCUAAUCGAUAUUGGCUGCCGCGUGUUUUUCGCGACGCACUUUCCGGAAAUUGCGCGCGUCCUGAACUCUUGGAAGCCCAAGAGUGUAUUGAAUGUGCACUUUGAAGGUCGGAGCGUCAUGAGCACCGACGCGGCCCAAAUAUCGUUGCCACACAGGCUCUCCAGUGGUCCGGUUGAAGAAACAGACCACGGCCUCGACCUGUCGCGCCGAUUUUUUCUGCCACAAAUCGUUCGCAAUGCCGAGAAGGUGUCCGGAUUUCUGCAAAGCAGACAAAUAGCAGAGGAACCGGGACCGAUGAGCCGGGAAGCUGAGCAAAACAAGCUCAUCUUAGCUCUGCCAGACCUGCUCAAGCAGGCACAUGGAUCUAAUAUGGACGAUUCCGCCCUCGAAUCCUAUUUGGAGAGGCUCCAGACCGAGUUCACUGUCAGAAUGGACGAGGUUGCUGACGACGACGCUUUGAAAGACACAACCAACACGCCGCGUUCGGCUGAGAAGCCCGUCCUGGAUAAACCAGACAAGGAAGAGCUGAUGGAUUGGAAGAAGAAAUGCGACGAAGGCGAAAAGAGAGUCAUGCGGGCCCACCUA